GAUGAAUCGAUACUUCAAACCCAACAAGCGGGGAGAGCUCAAAUGCUCGGAGGAAGCCAUGAGGAUGUAUCGGGAUACUGCAUCCAGGGAGAAGCUGAGAGAACUCUUGUUGAAGCACGGCUCGUUCGCAGCCGUCGAGAUUCAUCUGGAGAAGAUCUCCCAGACCAUGAUCGACAACUCCAAACGCUGGGCCAUUGCACGAGGAUUGACCCGAACAAACGAAGUGCAUGGUGCUGAGGAGUACAAGAUCCCGACCAAGGAAGAGUUUCUGUGGCGGAAUGAUGAGUCUCAGAGCGCCCGGCAAUCGGGCUCCUUUGAGUGUCAGGAUGCAACCGGCAGCCUGCUGAUGAACACGGUGACCGAGCAGUCGGCCUUGCAGACCAAUGCUGGCACCAGGGCAGAGGUUGAUCAUGCACGAGCAGCAGUAGCUUCCACGGCCAGCUCAGCUAAAGAAAAGUGCCUGCCGGUCUUGCAAGCAAACCAAGAUGUGUUCAGUGUUCUGGCUGUGUACAUCGACAUGACUGGGAAGAAGGUUGACAAGGGCAACGACUUGAAGGACAAGCUGCAUGAGAAUGGAUCGAAGCGGGCUAGUGAGUUAGCUGGUGAGCUGAAGACCAAAGUUGAUGAGCUGGACAAGCUCAACAAGGGCCUGCUGCAGUUUCAGGAGGAUGCUGUUCUUGAUGCGGGGACCCCGCCCUCCCGGAACACGAAGCAAAAGCUCCUGGCCUGCUACGCCCAAUGCACCCGCCUAGAUUUGGCUAUCAAUGCUCUGAUGGUACGAUCCAGGCAGGUCCCACGCAAAGGCGCCUCCGAAGGGGAAAACAUCCUCUCGGGGCAAGGGAGUGGUGGAGCUGGAAACCAGAUCCUGAGAUCUUUGGUGGAUGGACCUGGCUCGAAUCGAUGCGAAGAAGAAGAUCGCGAGCUUGACCUGGCCGAAACAGCCAAAGGAGCUGCAGACAUGGCAAAUCUUGUUUACAAGAUUGGUGGAGAAUUGGAUAUCCUCUACAAGAUUGGCAUGACUGCACCUCUUGAACUGAGCUUUGUCGAGCUUCCAAUUCGGAAGAGGAGGCCACUAGUCAAGAAGAUCACUGUAUGGUAUCCUGUGAUUUAUCCAAGUACUUGGGCUGCCUACCUUUUGAAAGAGUUCAGCUUUCUUCUUCUGGGUGGAGUGGACUUGCUGCAAACGACAAAAUGGCAGCAACUGCUAUCUGACUUCUGGUCCCGACACCAGAUCUAUGAUCCGCAGCAUGUCAUGAACGGGGCAGGGGCACCUGCCCCCUCACACACAAUCCCGAUCUACAUCCAUGGUGAUGAAGGCAGAGGCAAGUACAAAUUGCCGAUCAUGGUGGAGGCGUGGCAACCAUGUAUUUCCUUCAAGGGCCCUGACUUCAAGAAUAGCAGCGGGCAUUCCUAUUGCACUCGUUUUCUCUACUCUGUGCUGCCAUCUGAACUUUAUUGGGGCGACUCCACCCUCAACAACUUGAAUGUUUCAACCCCGGCCGGGCCCAUCAAGCUGCACUUCGCAAUGGUGGGGGUCAAGGGGGACUGGGUCUACUUGCGGAAGGAGUGGUAUGACUUCUCUGAGGGUGCAAGCUGGCGCUUCGAUGAGAGCCCGGCUCCUUUCCGUCAUGACAUACCCUGUCCACUGUGGUCCAUACCUGGGAUGUCGAAUCCAAUGAGAGCUCUCGUGGACCCGGCCCACACGUGGCAUAUUGGGUGGCUUGGUAUUAUUUCAGAAUCGAUCAUGCUCAGAGUUUCUUGCAUAACAUGCAUGCAAGCUGUGCUAUUGUGGCUAAGUGUGGGCCGAGACUUUGUGGUCUCGGGCUUGGUUCUGCUUUGCAAGAUGAAGCUUAUUCCUGGAAGAGGCCUACAGAGCCGCCUGACGAAAGCAUACAGCCACUACGCUGCUUGGUGCCACGACAAUAAGAAGUCGACUAAUAUCAGAUCCUUUACACCAUCAGCCUUCAAAAUGACAAAGAUACUUGGUGAGAAAUGCAUGCAUGCACAUAUUACAUGA